AUGGCCGAUCCCAUAUCCAUCAUAGGCCUGAUUGCGGACGUCAGUGAUAUCAUAUCGUCUCUUAUCAAGUACGCCAAAGCGGUACAGAGUGCAAGAUCCGAGAUGCUAAAGUUGAGCGAAGAAAUGUUUGCCUUGCGAGGCAUCCUCGACCACCUGGCCGCACAAUCUUCGUCGGAAAAACAUCUAGAGGUCUAUCAUAUCGAGUCAGAGGGUUCAGUGCCCUUCAACGAAGACAUCAUGAACAGAGUCCUCCAAACGACCAAAGACUUCCUCACCUCCCUCUUGAAAGAGCUACAACCAGCUAAAACUAAGCUGCGGAGCUUGAAGCAGAAGCUUGAAUGGCCCUUCACGCAGGAAACAAUCAAUGGUCAUCUUACGCGACUGGAAAGAGUGAAGUCAUGGUUGAUACUUGUUAUUACUGCAGAUCAUGCAGCCCUUGAGAGGGGUAUGCAGCAAGAGAUUGGGGCCCUGACCAGAUCUUUGACUGAGGAUUUGAAAAUUCGAGAGCAGGAAAGAAAACAGAUAGCGAACCGUGAAUUGUUCGAAUGGAUUGCCCCAGUAAGCCCUUCUAAUUCGCAUCUGCGCGCAACUGAGGGACACAACAUUCCAUCUGGGAAGUGGUUCAUUGGUGGACAUCUGAAGCAUUGGCUGCGGUACGGUGAUAAGAAGCUCUUCUUUCUUGUGGGAAAAUAUACCAAUAGAGAGUUUGCUAAUAAAAUCUUAGCGGGAACUGGAAAAACCACCUUAUUUGCUCAGUGUGUUGACGAACUUGUCUCCAUGGCUUCGCAUGACGAAAGCAUCAAUUUUGCCUAUUUCUACUGCACUAUAGGCAAUUCGGCCUCUCAAAACCUAGCCAAUGUGUUAGGAUCGAUAGUGGCUCAACUUUCCGGGAAAGACGACUUCAUACUCGACAAUAUCCGACAAAUCUACCACGGUAUCCCCAAAUCUCAAGCCCACAAGCGGACCAUUGAUAUCACUGCACUGGAAGAUGCUAUCAUCAAGUCUGCUUCCGGAAAGACGCAGAUCGUCGUUCUGGUUGAUGCCAUUAACGAGAGCCAUGAUAUCAGGCAUAUAGAGAUAUCUCUGUUGAAGCUGGCCAGUCUGUCCCCAAAUAUUCGUAUCAUGAUCACAACAACAUUAACCAUGGUAUACCCUGGAGACGUUGAGUGGCUCAACAUCAACGCGGAGAUGAUGGCCGGCGAUAUUAAAGCCUACAUCGACCAUCGACUAGAAUAUGAUGAGGCACUGAAGGACAGGAAGCCUGAGUUUAAAUCCGAAAUUCGAAAGACAUUAGCGGACAAUGCCGAUGGAUCAUUCCGUUGGGUACAGCUUUCUAUGGAAAACAUAUGUGCCCAGAGAACAGCUAGAUCAAUGCAUAACGCUCUACGCAAUCUACCGGGAACGCUUCGUGAGAUGUACGCCAAAACACUAGAUCAGAUAUCUCUGGAUGACAGACCAUUUGUCCGAGAGGCACUGUUCUGGAUUAGCUUUGCCCAAGAUCACCUUUUUGCAAGUCAAAUGCUCACACUGGACGUCCUGAACGAAGUGGUGGUCCUAGAUGAAGAAUAUACCACACUGGACGAAGACAUGAUGCUGGUUCCCGCUCAAGUUCUCCUUGAUAUAUGCCAGGGCCUCAUAACCCAGGACCAAGCUGGCAGCGUCACCCUCGCCCAUUCCUCCAUCAAAGACUUCCUGACAUCUGACUGGAUUAAAUCUUCGCGCGUCAGUUACUUCAGCAUGGACCCACAAACCGCAAAUACCAUCAUAAUGCGAAAGUGUCUUGCCUAUCUAUGCCUCGACAACUUCCAAAGCGGGUAUACAUCAAGAGGGCAAAUAUUCCGACGCUUGAAGAAUUACAAAUCCCUCAAAUACGCAUCGUUCAUGUGGCCCAAAUAUGCUGCCGCGGCCGAGCUUGGAGAUAGCGAGCGGCGCUUAGUGCAGAAGUUCUUUGAUACCAGACAUCUUCCUCGUCAAGGAAACUUUGGUACUUGGAUGCAAGUUCUGAUGCCUUCGGUGGAUCCCUCGAGAGUCGAAACCACGCAUCCCUUGUACUAUGCCAGCUCGUAUGGCUUGACUUCUGUGGUCAAGAUGAUUCUUGAAUUCGAUACCGAUCUUGAUAUCAAUGCCCCAGGAGGUCGAGUGGGUGCUACUGCUGUUUUCGCUGCUAGCAAUCGCCAAAACUUUGAUACGACGGAUCUACUCCUGAAAGCAGGCGCAGACCCAAGGAUUGUGGAUCCAGGAACAGGUUGGACUGUUUUCAACUUGUCUCAAAUGUCAAAAUGGUCUGGCCUCAAAGGUCCUUUGUCUGACUGGUUAUCUGGUCAAGAGAGUUCAGUGCAAGAGGAGUAUAGAGCGAAAUAUAGUAUUUGA